AGUUAUAAAUCAGCGGGGCCGGAGCUGGCUGCUAAUUGAUGCCGCAGGAGGUGAAGCUGGCAGGGCGGCUCGCAGCGGACACUCCCUUUCCGCGGGCGGGGAGGGCUCGGGGGCUGCUGGAUGCGGAUCCGCACCGCGCUGCGCCGUUAUCUCCGCCACCGCGGGAGGAGCCUGGGACUGAGGAGAGCCCGUCGGAGCCUGGCCGGAGCCUCUGACUCUGCCUUGCCGCCGUGGGCAGGGGAAGAGCCCUGCGCUCCCGCGGGCAGGACCAUGCACCGCCAGCUGCUCUCAGGGACCGUGCUGCUGGGAGCAGCCCUCCUGCUCGCAGGAUCUAGUUCAGGAUCAAAAUUAAAAGUUCCUGAGCUGAGUAUAAAUGGCACACAGCACGUUGUUCAAGCAGGACAGUCUUUAAAUCUCACCUGCAGGGGGGAAAUGGUUCAUUCAUGGUCUUUGCCUGAAACUCUAAGUAAGGAUAGCAAAAGACUGAAAGUAAUUAAAUAUGCCUGUGGAAGGAAUGGAAAGCAGUCCUGCAGCAGUCUGACCUUGAGCAGAACUCAAGCAAGUGACACUGGAAACUAUAGCUGCAAAUACCCAACAAGUCCAGCAAAAAAGAAGAAGGAAUCUACAGUCUAUGUAUUUAUUAACGACACAAGCAGUCCAUUUGUAGAAAUGCACAGUGAUAUUCCUAAAAUAAUACACAUGACUGUGGGAAGAGAAAUGAUCAUUCCAUGCAGAGCUACAGCUCCAAACAUUGCUGUUAGUUUAAAAAAGAUUCCAGGAGAAACCCUAAUUCCUGAUGGCAAGACAAUAAUCUGGGACAGCAUGAAAGGCUUCAGAAUACCUAAGGCAACUUAUAAAUUCAUAGGGCUCCUGAGCUGUGAGACAACCAUCGGUGGACACAAGUACAGCACAAAAUACCUAACGCACCGAGAAACCAACACAAUUUUUGAUGUUCAGUUAAGCACCCCGCGUCUUGUCAAGUUGCUGAAGGGAGACAGCCUAGCAAUUAACUGCACUGUCACUGCAGCCUGGAACACCAGAGUGCAGAUGACGUGGACUUAUCCUGGAGAGGCAAGAAGGAGAGGUUCUGUAACACAGCGCAUUGACCAGAAGAAUACAGAAGCCAAUAUUUUUUACAGCAUCCUUGUUGUUGACAAAGUGCGUGAUAUUGAUAAAGGCCAGUAUACCUGCCACGUGAAGAGCGGGCCAUCAAUCAAAGCUGUUAACACAACAGUCAUUGUUUAUGAUAAAGUGUUCAUUAAUUUGAAACGCCGAAGAAAAACUGCACUGGAGGCUGUAGCUGGAAGAAAGUCUUAUCGUUUGUCAAUGAAAGUGAAGGCAUUUCCUUCUCCAGAGGUCAUAUGGUUAAAAGAUGGGCUGCUCGCAGCUGAAAAGUGUGCCCGAUACAUGGUUAAAGACUAUUCAUUAAUCAUCAAGGAUGUUGCUGAGGAAGAUGCUGGAAACUACACUAUAAUGUUGAGCAUACGGCAGUGGAAUUUGUCUAAGAACCUUACAGUCACUCUUACAGUAAAUGUGAAACCCCAGAUAUAUGAAAAUGCCGUGUCAUCAUUCCCUGAUCCCAAUCUGUAUUUACUGGGCAGCAAGCAAGUGCUGACAUGCACCGUGUAUGGUAUUCCUCAGCCUAAAAUUAAGUGGAUGUGGUACCCAUGCAGACAAAAUCAUUCUAAAACAAGGCAUGGCUUUUGCUCUUAUACUGAAGGAUCUUUCAUCUUGAAGGCUGGCAGCAAUAUAGGAAACAGGAUCCAGAGCAUCACUGAGAGGACAGCUGUAAUAGAGGGCAAAAAUAAGACUGCUAGCACUCUCGUUAUAGCUGAAGCCAAAUCUUCUGGAAUCUACAGCUGUGUGGCAUCCAAUAAAGUGGGAAAAUCGGAAAGAAAUGUCAGCUUUAUUGUAACAGAUGUACCCAGUGGAUUCCAUAUUAGUUUGGAAAAAGUGCCUAUUGAAGGAGAGAAUUUGAUAUUGUCCUGUUCGGCCAACAAAUUCCUGUACAAAGACAUUGCUUGGAUUUUACCGAGGACAGUCAACAAUCAAACGAAAGCAAAAAGGUCCCUCAAAAAGGAGUACUCCAUCACCCUCACUCUGACCAUCAAGAAUGUUUCGCUGGCACACUCAGGCACCUAUGCCUGCCGAGCAAGGAACAUAUACACGGGGAAAGAAGUGCUUCAAAAGAAAGACGUUACAAUCAGAGCUCAAGAGGCACCAGCCCUGCUGCGGCACCUUACGGAUCAGACAGUGAACACCAGUAACUCUGCCAUAUUGGAGUGCCAGGUUCAUGGCAUCCCCGAGCCCCAGAUAUCCUGGUUUAAAAACCAUGAGGAAAUACAGCAAGAAUCAGGAAUAAUUUUAGGGCCCGGAAGCCGAAUGCUGUUUAUUGAAAGAGUAAAAGAGGAGGAUGAAGGACUUUACCAGUGUGUAGCCACCAACUUAAAAGGGUCCGUGGAGAGUGCAGCAUAUGUCACGGUACAAGGCACAUCGGAGAGGUCAAACCUGGAGCUAAUAACCCUGACCUGUACCUGUGUGGCUGCAACACUCUUUUGGCUCCUGUUGACCCUCUUCAUUCGCAAGCUGAAGAGGCCUUACUCCUCCAAAAUGAAGACCAACCAUUAUCUGUCAAUCAUAAUGGAUCCUGACGAAGUCCCUUUAGAUGAGCAAUGUGAACGUCUGCCUUAUGAUGCCAGCAAAUGGGAAAUUGCAAGGGAAAGGCUUAAACUAGGAAAGUCUCUUGGACACGGAGCUUUUGGAAAGGUGGUACAAGCAUCUGCUUUUGGAAUUAAGAAAUCACCAACAUGCAGAAUAGUUGCUGUGAAAAUGCUGAAAGAAGGGGCCACAGCAAGCGAGUACAAAGCACUGAUGACUGAGCUGAAAAUCUUGAUCCACAUUGGUCAUCAUCUCAAUAUUGUGAAUUUGUUGGGAGCUUGCACAAAAAAUGGAGGGCCUCUGAUGGUGAUUGUUGAAUACUGCAAGUAUGGGAAUUUAUCAAACUACUUGAAGAGCAAGAGGAGCAACUUCUGCCCCAGCAAGGAGUCCUCUCUGCAAGGAGAGCCAAUGAAAGAGAAAAAGGAUAUCGAGCCAGUGGAAGGCAAAAAACAAAGGCUGGCCAGUGUCACCAGCAGCGAAAGCUUCGCAAGCUCAGGGUUCCAGGAAGAUAAAAGUCUGAGUGAUGUGGAGGAGGACGAGGAGGAUGCUGAUGAGCUCUACAAGUUGCCCCUCACUAUGGAGGACCUGAUCUCUUACAGCUUUCAGGUGGCCAGAGGCAUGGAGUUCCUCUCCUCCAGAAAGUGCAUUCAUCGUGACCUGGCAGCCAGAAACAUCCUUUUAUCUGAGAACAAUGUCGUGAAGAUCUGUGAUUUUGGCCUCGCUAGAGAUAUUUAUAAGAAUCCUGAUUAUGUGAGAAAAGGAGAUGCUCGACUUCCGCUCAAGUGGAUGGCUCCAGAAUCCAUAUUUGAUAAAAUCUACAAUACAAAAAGUGACGUGUGGUCCUACGGGGUCUUGCUGUGGGAGAUAUUUUCCUUGGGUGCCUCUCCUUACCCCGGAGUCCAAAUAGAUGAGGAUUUCUGCAGCAGACUGAAGGAAGGCACAAGAAUGCGAGCCCCGGAGCAAGCGAGCGAGGAGAUCUACCAGAUCAUGCUGGACUGCUGGCGAAGCAAUCCCAACGACAGACCACGGUUCUCCGAGCUGGUGAAAAAGCUGGGUGACCUGCUGCAAGCAAACGUCCAGCAGGACGGCAAAGACUACAUACCUCUCAACACGAUAUUCACAAAGGAAAGUGCGUUUCCCCCUGCGUCUGAUCCUUUGUGCAAUGAGAACUUAUCUGUUACAAGCUCAAAUUGUGGGAGCACUGAAAACAUCAGAUACAUAAACACUUUCAAAAUAAAACCACCCCAGCGCAUAAAGACAUUUGAAGAGCUUCCCAUCAAGGAAACACUUGUAUUGAAUGAUUAUCAAGCAGACAGUGGGAUGGUGCUGGCUCCAGAAGAACUGAAACGCUUCACGUGGACAGGCAGCAAGCAGAAACGGGCACUCUUCGGCAUUAAAGGUGCCAGCAGGAGCAAGGAAUCAGUGCUUUCUGGAAUAACCAAGCCAAGAAGCUUCUGCAGCUUCAGCUGUGACCACCUCUGUGACUCCAAGCAAAGAUACACAUAUGGUAAUAUGGUGCUGGAGAAAAUGAGAGCAAGCCAUUCUCCCCCUCCUGACUACAACUCCGUUGUCCUUUAUUCUCAGCCACCCAUUUAAAUACUUCUAAGACCAAGAUUUAAAUAUGCAUUUAAUCCACAAAGGUUCUUCUGCAACGCUGUCAGUUUAAAAACUUUGACCCAAAUAAUUUUAUUUAUCCUAAAAUUCAAAAAGAUAUCAUUGGCUUAAUCUUGGCGAUCUGCUUUUCUACAGACUGCAACAAGCAUAUACAAAAUAUAUCAAAAUACUAAUGCUUAGGCCUUGACUUUCCCAAAUGCUGAACACCAACAGCUGCCACUAAAAUUGCCCAGUGCUUCUGAAAACCUGUAUGGUCAUUAUUAUAGAGAAAACUAGUUCACUGUUUGGUCCCUGGCAGCAGGAUGGUCUUUCAUGCUCUAGUCAGCCAGCCCCUACUCAGACUGCAUCAGACACUGGGGAAUUUGCACCCUGUUGCUGAGACCUGUGUAGUGCUGGAAAAAUGAAGGAGUCCUCAAGAAGAGACAAACAAGAAACAGACCAUGCUCUACAGCUUUUAGUGAAAACUCUACUCUGAGAAACUUGAGGGAAGGCUAAUGUUCCAGGGAAGAGGGAUUAGCUAGGUGGGGAUGGGGCAUCACAUGGCUCUUACUGCUUCAGAUGGCAUUCGUGGCAAGGAGUCAUGCGAGGCAAGAAUUUCAAAUUUGUGUUGCAAAAUACAAUUGGCAAGGAUAGAAGAGAACCAAGAUCAGAGCCAGGUCUGCACCAUCAGGGAAUACAUAUCAAUUUGGUUUGGACAAGCCUGCUGAAAUCAAGUAAAUAUUCUUGAAGUUUUGCACUUUGACACUAUGCCAACACACACACACUGGAACCAAACCACAAGCUAGACAUUAAAGCCAAGCUCUGUCCAUGAAACCCUGUGGACCUUCUAACACUGCACUGAUUAUAUUUUAUUUAUGGGGAAUUUGUCUGAAAAGACAGGAUGGCUACUAAACUGUGUAUACUUUAAAUGAAUCGAUCACUAGAGAGUUUGAAGAGAUUAGUUAGAAAUCACAAGACAAUCUCUUUGGAGAGUUAGCGCAGCUUUUCUAUGAAGACAGUUGAAUUUCUGUGUUAGUUUCUAGUAUAUAUGUACAGGAAUAAAAAUGUUAUCAUUCAUUUGCAACACUUUUGUAUAGAAUCUCAGAAAGAGCAUGAGUGUUCUUUGUUUGAGAGUGUAAGGAUGCACCAUCCCCUUUCACCUUUGAAUGCAAUGUUAAAAUGAGUUGGCCAUUUAGCACAGCAGCACUGAUGUCUUCCAAAUCAACAACUACUGCCCAACCUCAGCUUCUCGUGGUCCACUAUAAAUAUAUUAACUCAAACGCUAUGUAUAAUAUGGUUCUGACCUCUUAAAACUCAGCUUAGGAGCUGUGAAUUUAACCCACUAAUUGCUUAAAGGCAAAUGACCUUUUGCAUAUUUACAAAGAAAAAAUUUCUUGGAUAUUCACAUAAAAGAAAUAUGUACCACUACAUCUCAGCUAAGUAUCAAUUCUACAUCUUCCUGGCCAAGAGAUCAUCAGUUUUAAGUAUCUAUUGCACUGUCUCUUGCUGGAAGUAUAUUUGAUCUUGAUCAAAACAAAAAGAAAGUUUAAGAACUGUUUCUUAACUCCAGCUGAGCAAAAGUAGUUGUGGGAUGAUGCAUCUCAAAGGAAUGUUUGCACAGUGUAAAUAUAUAAAUAUGCUUUUUGUGCACAAAUAUUUAAGAAAACUGGACUGCAAAGACCACUUUUAUAUGAAUCCCCUAAGUUUCUUUGUAUGUGAAUAACUCCUAUUUUUGUCUUGCAUUUUCUGUCUUCAUAUAAUGUAUGACUGCAAAAUUCAUAUAAUAAAGUUUGCUUUUGAAAGAA